UCCUUUUUCUUUUUUUUUUUGCCCCUUUUCGAACCCCCCCAAAGUCCCCUUUUCUCUAUCCCUUUCAUUUCCUCACCAAAAAUAUCGGAACACUGAGCAAAGGCUGUCGCCGCAUAACGAAAAAGAGCCGAUAAAAAAUGGACGCGGUUCUCCAUACGGAAUCCCUAUCUCUCACACGCCUACGCGCCACUUCCACCUCGACUGCUUCCAUUCUUCACAUCCCUUGCCAGCUCAUCUUUUGCCCCGUCCAACGCCUCCUCUUUCCCUUAUCCACCGUCACCGCUGGCUCUGGUUCUCGCAGGUCAUCCGCUUCCAUUGUCGCCGCUAGUGGCACUCUCACCGCCAAUUCUGUUUCGCCAAGAGGUGGAGUAUAUAUAGUUGGGGAUUUUAUGACGAGAAAAGAGGAUUUGCAUGUGGUAAAGCCUACAACAACUGUUGAUGAAGCACUAGAAACUCUUGUUGAACACAGAAUUACUGGUUUUCCUGUGAUUGAUGAUGAUUGGAAAUUGGUUGGAGUUGUUUCUGAUUAUGACUUGCUAGCAUUGGACUCCAUAUCUGGGCGGCGGACUGAGAAUGACAUGUUUCCUGAAGUUGAUAGCACUUGGAAAACUUUCAACGAGGUACAGAAGUUACUCAAUAAAACCAAUGGGCAGGUGAUCGGUGAUUUAAUGACACCAGCUCCAUUAGUUGUACGUGAAACAACCAACCUUGAGGAUGUUGCUAGAUUAUUGCUAGAGACAAAAUAUCGUCGACUUCCGGUUGUUGAUGCCGAGGGUAAGCUGGUCGGUAUCAUCACAAGAGGAAAUGUUGUAAGAGCUGCCCUAAAAAUAAAGCGUGAUAGCCAAGGAAAAGCAUAACUCAGAGAGUAUGAUUCAAAGAAUUGGAGGCGUUUCAAAAUGGCAAUGCAUGAAUGAAAUUUUUUUCUGCUAGCCUGUCUCCAUUUAUAAGAGAAAAUUUUGGAGAAAGGCGAUUUCAUGCUCAAUAUGUUUAAUUUUGUCCUGCGUUUGUAUAAUAUAUCUAUCAUUUACAUUAUUAACAUUAUUAUUAUACAACUAUUUUACCAGGAUUAACACAUUGGGAGGACAGUAAUUAAGCAGAAAUUCUUGUU